CAUUACUCCUCUGUUUUAAACGCAUCAACUUCAGUAUUCUAGCUGGUUUCAGUAAGUUUUGCUUCAUUUUCAAAUACAUUCAGCAAUGGAGGGCUCUGUGUCUAAUGUUGAGGUCUGUAAUUUUGCAUACACCGGGCAGUUUGAGAAAUUAAGACAGAGCAUUCUGUCAGACAAAACCCUUGCCUGUAAAACGGACCAGGACCGCAGAACCGCCCUUCACUGGGCUUGUUCGGCUGGCCACACCAAUAUUGUGGAGUUUCUGCUCGACCUGGGAGUCGAAGUAAAUUUGCAAGAUGAUGCCUCGUGGACUCCUUUGCACAUUGCUGCAUCUGCAGGUAGAGAAGACAUAGUGAGAUCACUGAUAUCCAAAGGAGCCCAGCUAAAUUCAGUUAAUCAGAAUGGAUGCACCCCUCUGCACUAUGCAGCUUCUAAAGACAGAUAUGAGAUUGCUUUGCUGUUGCUGGAAAAUGGAGCAGACCCCAACGCUACUGACAAAUUAGAGUCCACUCCUCUUCACAGAGCGUCUGCCAAGGGCAACUACCGCCUCAUCCAGCUUCUCCUCAAACAGAGUGCCUCAACCAACAUCCAGGACUCGCAGGGCAACACGCCACUCCACCUGGCAUGCGAUGAGGAGCGUGUGGAAGCAGCCAAGCUGCUGGUAGAACACGGGGCCAGCAUUUAUAUUGAAAACAAGGAAGAGAAGACCCCUCUUCAGAUGGCCAAAGGUGGUCUGGGAAACAUACUUCGCCGGAUUGUAGAGGGAUGAUGAUUUCACCGACUUGCUGGACGUGUUGAGGCUGAAAUGUCUACUGCCGCCGAGUAACAUCAUGAGAGUUGUGAUUCUACUCAGUCCUUCUUGAGCGGCCUGUUGUGAAACGUUAAGACGUGCCACCAGUGGAAGAUGAGACGGAGUCAAGGAGAAAAGUUGGACUGUGUUGUAUUGUCAUCUCUGCAAAGGGGCCAUUAAACUUUUCUGUUUUGUUUACAUGUUUUGGAUACAAAUGGGCAUGAAUGGCUUGAGUGUAAUAAAUGCAGCAGUAAUUGCUUUCCCUAGUUUACUCUAUAUGUCAGUUUUGUUAACUGAACCCAGGAGUUAGCUCGUAUUAUCUUGACAUUACAUUACAUUCAUUUUGCAGAUGCUUGUAUGCAAGCAACCUACAAAUAAGGUGCCUACUAGGGCUUCAGUAUCUUGUACAAAGACACUUCGGUGUGUGAAUUGGGAAAUUCAGAGAUCAAACCAUCAUUCUGUGAUUAUCUCUGCCCACUGUUUUAGUAUCCUAUGUUUUUUAGGGACAUAGAUUACACUAGGCUGGUUUAAAUUUAUACUUAGAGGAAGUUUUCAGUCACUCCAAAGUUAAUCACUGGGUUCUGUGUGUCUAAUGAUUUAACCCCGAACAAACAACUUUUUUUACCCAUAUAAUUGAGUAACACUUAUUAAAGUUUCUUUGCCAUCCAGAUGACACUUAGUUAUACUUCAUGUAUUAAUUUGCUUUUAUACUAUCAAAGCCUUAUGUUUGCUAAAGCCAAAAUAAAUAAAUAAAUUCU